UUGAGUCGGAGGAGGUGGAAGAGGAGGAGGAGGAGAAGAAGAAGAGAGGCAAGAUGCGCGUAGGGAAGUACGAGCUUGGGAAAACGCUGGGUGAAGGCAGCUUCGGCAAGGUGAAGUUCGCCCGCAACGUAGAGACCGGAAAUCCAGUCGCAAUUAAGAUCCUCAACAAGAACGAAGUCCUGCGCCACAAGAUGGUUGAGCAUAUCAAGAGAGAAAUUUCUACCAUGAAGCUGAUCAAACAUCCAAAUGUUGUCCAGCUCUAUGAGGUCAUGGCAAGCAAGACAAAAAUAUAUAUUGUUCUUGAAUAUGUUGAUGGUGGGGAACUCUUCGACAAAAUUGUCAACCAUGGGCGACUCAAAGAAGAAGAAGCUCGGAGAUAUUUUCAGCAACUUAUCAAUGCUGUGGAUUAUUGUCAUAGCAGAGGUGUCUACCAUAGAGAUUUAAAGCCGGAAAACUUACUUCUCGAUUCCCAUGGUGUUCUUAAAGUUUCAGACUUUGGCUUAAGUACUUUUGUACCACAGUUGCGGGGGGAUGGCUUGCUGCAUACUGCAUGUGGGACACCUAAUUAUGUUGCUCCAGAGGUACUCAAUGAUGGAGGUUAUGACGGUGCAGCUGCUGAUGUAUGGUCUUGUGGGGUGAUCCUUUUUGUCCUUUUGGCUGGAUACUUACCUUUUGAUGAGCCAAACAUUGCAAGCUUGUAUAAAAAGAUCUCUAGAGCAGAUUUUUUUAUUCCAUCACAUUUCUCUUCGAGUACAAAGAAAUUGAUUAAACGUAUUCUAGACCCUAAUCCUCUUACACGCUUGACAAUUCCUCAAAUUAUAGAAAGUGAGUGGUUUAAAGUGGGGUACAAGCCACCGGAUUUUGAGCAUGGAGAACAAGUGAGCCUCGAUGAUGUCGAUGCAGUGUUCAAUGAUUCAGAGGAGCACCAUGUAACAGAGAAAAAAGAGAGACCAGAAUCAAUGAAUGCUUUUGCACUUAUUUCAAGAUCUCAAGGUUUCAAUCUUGGGAACUUAUUUGAAAAGCAAAUGGGUCUUGUGAAGAGGGAAACACGUUUCACUUCUAAAUGCUCUCCUAAUGAAAUAAUCUCAAAAAUAGAGGAAACUGCUAAGCCUUUAGGUUUCAAUGUGCGGAAGCGUAACUACAAGAUGAGAUUACAGGGUGACAAAACUGGAAGGAAGGGUCACUUGUCUGUAGCAACGGAGGUAUUUGAGGUGGCUCCUUCGCUUCAUGUGGUUGAACUUCGUAAGACUGGAGGUGACACACUGGAGUUUCACAAUUUCUAUAAGAGCUUUUCUUCAGGUCUCAAAGACAUUGUGUGGAAAUCCGAGCCAAUUACAGAAGAAAAGAGCUGAUAAUAAUCUGUUUUGGAUUAGCUCCUGCAUCUAUACUGAAGGCAUUAGAGAUUCACUGUUCUUAUAAUACAUGCAUUUGAGCAGGUGAUAACUACUGCAUGUUCAGCAAACUCUUGGCCUUCUGCAAUGAUGCUGUAAAUAUUUAUUUGGGUGCAUCAGGGACACUAUUUCUUCUAAGUCCCAAAAGAAUAUGUGAUUAAAUGUCUUCUAAGAUUUCUUCGAGAGGCGUCUACCUGGUGAUAGAAAUUGAUUCAUUGAUUCUUUGACUUAGCCAAUGGAAUGUAGCAAAGGAGCUGUUGUUGCAGUGUCAAAGUUUCUCUUGAGUAAAUUUUGUUAAUGGGUCUUGCCUCGCAUUUGUUUGACAUGUAUUUUAAGCAUUUAUCGUUCAUUGUAGAACCUUCUCAUUAUCCCCGAGGCUAUUUGUACUGAAAUUACCGAGGUCCCAUAACUCCUUGUUUAGUUUUGGAACUUUUAGUCCUUGUAAUGUUUGUUAAAUAAUUUUUACUGUCAAGAGGUAUUUUAGCAUCUGCUUGGCAAUUUUAGGUGUACCUAA